UGUAACUCUCUCAUAAUGCAGAUCAUGUUCCUCGUCAAUAGAGAAUAUAAGAACCCAACGAAAUUGCCGACCAUCUCAGUGACUACCGUCAACCGGAUUUCAAACAACUCUGUCUGUUCAGACAUCAAAAUGCAACUCAACAAGCUUUUCAUCGCUGCGGUGCUUGGUUUCGCAACCACUGCUCUGGCUCAAGAGGGCAAAUGCACGGCCAAGGGAGAAUGUCAGGAAAACACCAGCGGCGUCCGCCUGUUUUGCUCUUCAGGCAGCUGUGACGGGAAGGAAGGACAGUCUUGCACGAGAAACGGUCCUGGGUCUUCUAAUGUGGCCAACUGCCCUAAAUGA